UAACUAUAAGUAGCUAAGGGACCUUGCCACGCUUCCUAAUUGACAACUACCCAGUGAGAAGUUUAGUUAUAUGGAUCACAAUGACUCCUCAACUAAAUCAUCAUUUUCUACCCACAACCUAACCUAACUCCAUUAUUAUUUUCUUUAUUCAUGAUCAAGAAUCACUCCUACCAACCCCGCCCCCCCGCCUCACCCCCUCCCCCACGCCACCCUCCCCUCUUCCAUUUCAAUAAUAUUCACACUUUUGUUUCCUUUUGAUCUUGUCAAUGGCCAUGAGGCCACGAAAGCUAUUUCCAACAUCUAACCAAACAAUAGAUUGUCAUGUUGUUUGUGACUCAACAUGUCCUUAUGGCUGCUAUCCAUAUCCUGAUAUGGACUAUUACAUGCCACCACCACCAACACUGUUACCACAACAAUCACCAAUUCAAUCGAACAACAAACUUGUUCAAAACAUUUUACCUUAUAUUAUCAUCUCCGUCGCAUUGCUUGCUAGCUUGUUCCUACUCCUUAGCUACUACUUAAUCGUCGUGAGGAAUUGCUCGAAUUGGAAUCGUAGAAGAACAACAGGAUUGCGAGAAGAAGGUGAUAGCGAGGAGUUUUUGGACGAAAAUCGAGGUCCUGUUACUGAUCAUCCAAUUUGGUACAUCAACACUGUGGGACUUCAACCUUCUUUAAUCAAUUUGAUCACAAUUUUCAAGUAUAAAAAAGGGGAUGGUUUAAUUGAUGGAACAGAGUGUUCUGUUUGUUUAAAUGAAUUCCAAGAUGAUGAUUCUCUUAGAUUGUUGCCCAAAUGUAACCAUGCCUUUCACAUCCAUUGUAUUGACACAUGGCUUAGAUCACACACGACUUGCCCCUUGUGUCGUGCUGCUAUUAUCUCCGACACUUCAGCUGCCCCCGUGGGAUCAAUCACCACCAUCUCGAGUACCAAUACGAGUCCCAAUGAAGUUAAUGGUUCACAUAGAGAUAUAAUUUUAGAAGCGAACAACAACCGCAAUCAAGCCAGAGAAGGGCAAUUUCAAGAAAAUGCGAGGGGAGUGAGUGAUGAUCAAGAUGAAUUCCAAGGGAUUGAACGUCCUGAGACUUCGAAAAAAGAUGAUAUACUACAACAGCAAAUGAGAAGGUCAGUCUCAAUGGAUUCAUCAAUUGCUACAAAUAUAGGACUACAAAUGGUUGUGUUAGCAAAGGGUGAAGGUGAAAAAAACUGUGUUGAAACAAAAAGAAAUGAGGAAUCAAGCUCUUCGAAUUCAAGAAUCCAAAGGGUCAUGGACACUGCUUUUUCAAUGAAGAGAUCAUUAUCUUAUGGUGGGAGGUCAUUUUUCUCGAAAAAUCGAAAUCCUAGUUCAGUACUUCCAUUAUGAACCAAUUUUAGUUGCUCAAUUGAAGAGAUCUAUAUGAAAUUUCUGCAAAAACAUAGCAGUAAGAGACAUGGGAUUUGUGGUAAUUGUAAGCUAAGUUGUUCGGACUUUCAAAAAAUGUUGCCGCAGCCUAGUCGGAUCCUCCAAAAUUGCACUACUUUUGAAGGAUCUGACACGCACCUUAUGACAUUUUUAAAGAGUUCGAGUAACAUAGAUUAUAAGCCUGAUGUCUUACUGACUUACGCUAGUUGUACAGGUAUGAGAAAAAGUUUGGUUUAUAAAUUAGUUUCAGAAAUAAAAAGUGGUCCACAACCUCAAAGAUCAUCUGUAAUGUUUUGUGACCCAAAUUUCAAGCAUAUAUCAAGUAGGAAUGAAGUUUGCCUGCAUUC